UUGAUCCCAGAUCUGCAGAGCCAGGAGGAGGAAGGCGGUGAGGAAGAGGAGCAGCAGCCCAGCGGUAGGAACCAGAACCAGACUGGAGGUACUGGAUCAUGUCAGAGAUCAGAACUCUGCUGCUGCUGUUGUGUUCAGGUGAGGCGGCUGAGAGUCACAGUCGACCUGGGAACCUCUCUGAUGAAGGGGCGGAGCCAGCAACGACCUUCAGGCUAAACCAGGAACACCUGAAGGACAAACAUUAUGGGAAACCACCAAGGAAGCGACUCGUUGUGUCUAAAUUCUACAAUCUGAGAGCGAUGAUCACGGAGCUGCUGAGACGGGCGGCCAGAGACGUGCUGGCGGCGGUGGAGGGGACCGUGGCCUGGAGCCAGGAGGACGAGUCGAGCUUCAGGCGGGACGUCGACGGCCAGAGGAGGCAGCUGGAGCUGCUGCAGGUCGGCGACCAGCAGGCAGAUGUGCCGACCCAGGAAGUGGAGGUCGUCGUUGAGGAAGAGGAGCAGCAGCAGCUCACUGGUGUGGAUGGAGCGGAGGGUCUGCCGCUGAAUGAUGAAGACGAUGGUGGUGAUGAAGAGCCAAUAGACACCUCCAGGCUGAAACAAGAAGACCUGACGGACCCGGACUACGAGAUCCCAUCAAGGUCGGCUCAGGUCAGAGGUCAUCCUGGAGGCCGGCGGCCCGGCAGACCUCGGCUCAGCAGCCCAGCGGACCACCUGGCGCUACGGGUCCGGAUCCUGGAGGACUCCCGGACCAGAGUCCUGUCCAAGGCCGUGUUUCAGCACAGUGCGGUUCUGGACCUGCAGUGCCCCCGCGGGCUGUCGGAGCCGGGCUUCCUGGACCUGCUGCGCUCACGCUGCCCCCUGCUGGCGGAUGGACGGCCCUUCGAUGUCUUCAUCGCCGCCAAGAACCGGCGGCUGCAGCCACUGGCGGCGCAGAGCCUGACGCCGGAGCAGAUCUGCUCAGGCGGGAAGCCGACGCUUUACAUCCGGCUGAAGGAAAGCGAGGAGCCAUCUUCAUCCGACGCUGCGGCGAUGAAGAGAGAUAAAACCGACCUUCAUUCCUGCCCUGUUGACAGUAGUGAGGAAGCCGACCCAGGCCUUCAGGCUGAAGAUGACAACUGGAGCCCUGAUCCUGAACCGCAGACCGCCAAAAGGUCGAGGAAACGGAAGGAGAAAAGGGCGACGCAGAAGACCUUGGGGAGCAAGAGGUCCUGUAAGGUGUGCGGCGCCUGGUACAGGCAGCUGGGCAGUUUGAUCAGCCACGUCUGGAACCACGCAGGCGACCCGCAGGGCGUCUGCGGCGCCUGCGGAGAGAAGUUCGAGUCUGCAGACGAGCUAAAGGAGCAUCUUCGAAACCACCAGAAGGUCCACAGCUGCCAGCACUGCGGGAAGACGUUCGUGUCCGUCCAGAGCCUCACCCUCCACGAGGCGAAGCACACCGGAGAGAGUCGGUUCAGAUGCGGCGUCUGCAGUAAAACCUUCACCAACAUGGCCUCCCUGAACUACCACCAGUGGCUGCAUGUGGAGGACAAGCCACACAAGUGUGACGUCUGCCUCAAGACCUUCGGCUUGGAGUCGCACCUCAUGUCCCACAAAAAGCUGCACACGGUCAAGGAGAAGCACGUCUGCGACGUCUGCAACAGGUCGUUCCGGCUUCGCCGUGCCAUGACCCAGCACCGCCUGACCCACUCCGACGACAAGCAGUACGCCUGCGACGUCUGCGGGAAGCGCUUCAAGCUCGAGGGUUCGCUGAAGGUCCACGCCAAGACGCACACGGAGAGGGACCGGACGUUCCUGUGCCACGUCUGCUGCCGGACGUUCCUGUGGAAGGGAACGCUGAUGGCUCACCUGAAGACCCACAGCAGCGUCCGGCCAUUCGUCUGCGCCGUCUGCAGCAAGGGCUUCUGGUUCAAGUGCGACCUGAAGAAGCACAUGAGGAUCCACUCCGACGAGGCGCCGUACGAGUGCUCGGAGUGCGGCCGCCGCUUCAAGCAGAAGGCCAACCUGGACAGCCACAUCAAGAUCCACAUGGGCAUCAAGAGGUUUGUGUGCGGCGAGUGUGGGAAGGAGUGCUCCCGACGGGAACACCUGAAGGUCCACAUGAGGACCCACAACGGAGACAAGCCCUACAAGUGCAGCGUCUGCGACCGGGCCUUCACCCAGAGCCACUGUCUGAAAACGCACAUGAAGAGUCACCCCACGGAGGGAAACCUGGACCCGACCCAGACUCAAGACAUGGACGAAAACCCGGCUCUGGACCCGCAUCAGAGCCACGAGAUGGAAGGAGACCCGGUUCUGGACCCGUCAGAAACCUGAGCUGAUACCUUAAAUUCAUGACUUUAUUCCUAUCAGACUUUUACAUGUAAUAAUUAACUUGUAAUGACAAAAAAAUGAAAUAAAACAGUUUAUCACUGGA